AUGGAUAAUCACAGAAAGAUGAUGGACGCACUGCGUAAAGAUCGAGAAGUUCGUAACUUGGCCAGCGAGAUUAGAAAGUAUGAUAAAGAAGACGUAGAAGAAGAACUCAAGUCGUUGAAAAUUAGUACGAAGGGAAAUAAGGCGAUUCUAAGAGAUCGCUUGUUAAGAGCCGAAAUUUUACGAGCCGGUUUGAGCGAGACAGUGCCGUGGUAUGAAUGGGACAAUGGUGGCGUUAUCCCAACUGACUCCGAGGAGGCGCUGACGGCGAUCCUCAACCACAAGAAAAGUAAAUCCAGAACGAGUAGUAAACGAGAUAAAAAAGAAAUGAUCGCCGAGUCUGCCUCACAAUCAGAAAUCGAGACUGGCAAGGAAACCGAGUAUGAAGCCGGUGAUGAAAGCCUCGAAGAAAUUGUUAACUCUUCAGUGAGACAAAUACAAGCUCUGUCGAGCCUCUCUUCCACAGACGAUGGAACGCCCGGUUUUGGAUGCCCGUUAACAGUAUCAAAUCAGCUCCAGCAACUCAUUUCUGCACGAGUACUCAGCGCCCUUCAGGGAUCAUCGAGUUAUGCUACCAGCCAGAAGUCGAUAGAUCCCACAUAUCUACUAUUCGUCAAUAAAACCACUAGAGCCCAGCCAGAAGUCGUGCCAGUGUCCCAUCUUGCCUCCAGUCCAGCACUCGACUCUAACGAGGGAGCUCAAAAAUUUAUGGGGAUUUGGCCUUAUGCAGAAACCAUUAGGAACUCCGUUCAGCCCAAUACGGGAACAAUUAAGGAAAGUAGCACGCUGAGAAGAUCGAUAUCAGACGAUGGGAAAUUCACGAGACAAGUACAAGAGUGGGAAUUAAGAACGCCGAAGUCGAAAAACAGACCUCACGUUCAACCGACCAACUUAAAGUCAGCGCUCAACGAAACCGAGGAUGUAGAAAGGAAGAAGCCGACAGAACCGUGUGCCAUUAAUCAGCCUAGAAGAAGAAAAAUCACCGUGCAAAACCCUGGGUUGCCCUGGUUCGCCAGAGGAGCUUCUAAGAAGCCGGCACCACCGCAGAGAGCCAAGAAAUCAUCUGAUAGUAGUAGUGAUAGCGAAGAAGAUAGUAGCAGUGACGAAUCGGAAAAAGAAGAGUCGAAGAACAGAGCCCUAGGUAAGACUCCUACAAAGGCCAUAGACACCAAGAGCAAACAACCAACUCGAGAGAGUCUGAAGAAAGAGAAGUCCAAGAAGAAACAGACCAAAAGAGACAGCUCGAGUAGUAGCUCCGACAGCAGUGACAGCCUUAGCAGCCAAGAGAACGACUUCGAUAGCUCCUCAAGCUCUGACCGCCACGAAAGACGGAAAACAACAAGCUGCAAGAAGAAAUCGUCCCGACGAUUAGAACAGGAAGAGAGAUUGGCCAAUCACUUGUAUCAACUCCAAAUUAUACAGGGGCGGAACAUCAAGUUUGCUGGUGAGACUAGAGACGACCCAGAAGAAUAUUUAUCUCAGAUACAAGAGUGCAAGGAGAGUCUAAAUCUUAAAAGCGAAGAGAUUUUGGCCAUGAUUCCCCAUACUCUAUCAAAGAAGGCUAGCAUGUGGUUCAGAACAGAAAAAGAAGGACUUAAAACCUGGAAGACCUUUAAGAAGGCAUUCGAAGAACAAUUCAUCAGCGAGGUGAGCGACAAUGACGUAAUAGAAGAACUACGUAGACGAACGCAGGGUAAAGGGGAGAAGAUAUCUACGUAUAUUAUGAAUUUCAAAUAUAUAGCAGCCCAUCUAAAGAGACCGAUGAGAUUAAAAGACCAGCUGACAUUAUUGACAGAGAGGUUACGGCCGGAGUAUCGUAGAGCGAUUAGAAGGAAAAAGAUAGAAUCCUACGAAGAUGUUAAGAGGUACUGCCGAACACUAGAAGAGGAGAUGGAAAGAGAUGCGAUGUAUACACCACCACCCACUGUUGAAAAAAGCCGAUUCCCAGCCGCAGCUUGGACGCCAACACCGAAAGCCAAAGUAGCAGCCGCCAAAGAAGUUGAGGAAGCAGCAGGAGUUACCGACGCGAAUUCAAACAAACAAAAUAUUAACAACAACAAUAAAAAUAAGAAACAGAAGCAACAACAGAACCCGCCAUUAGUAACUUCAGCCUCGAUCACAGAUCAACCAGUGAAUAACAACUCAACUAGCGAGCCCAAGCAGACUAACAAUGGCCCACCAGUGUGGAGACCAGUUAACGUUCAAUCGCAAAGGCAGACCCAACAGUCGCAAGGCAGAGCUGACGCCAGUGAUGCUACCCAGAGUCAACCACUAAGCCGGUACAAUAACAGAGGCUCUACACCAUUUGUCGGAGCAUGCUAUCACUGUCAACAAGUGGGCCACAGAGCAUCAGCCUGCCCGACUCCGGGGCCAGAUCCAGUGUCAAGUUUGCGGCCAAUUCGGCACUACAUUCCAAAAUUGUGGAAACUGCGCUACCUUUCGAACGAUGUUGGGAAAUGGCAACGCGGGGGCAUCCUUGGGGCCGAUGCCACCCGCAACUCAACAAUAACGGCCUCAAACGUUGUGGUGAAAACUCCUAGCUCUGUAACUCCGUUGUCAGAGGUGGUUGAAGUUUUGGGAGGGGGAGGUAGUGGCCGAGGACCACUAAGUACAGAGGUGAAAGAAGAGAAAGAGAAAUUGCUGCCAAAAGCUAACGCAACCCGUUGGCCAAAUAACAGCACAGAGACGAAAGAAGAGAAAGAGAAAUUGCUGCCAAAAGCUAACGCAACCCGUUGGCCAGAUAACAGCACAGAGACGAGAGAAGAGAAAGAGAAGUCACGGCCAAAUGCUAACGUAACCCGUUGGCCAAAUAACCGAGACGAAGUAGAGGAAGAGAACAGAGUAGCAGCCGGCGAAGCAGUUCUAAACUCCUCGAGCAACGAAGAGGACAGUGUAUCCCGCCCGUGGAGAAACGAGCUCCAGAGCAAAGUACAUUACAGCCAAUUCGAAACUCAAAACGAGUGGAAUAAACCUACGCCGCUGACACUGGACUCAAGUAGCGAAUCAGAUGGGUCGUUAUUGGAUGAGAGAGUGAAAAAUAAUAGAAGCCAAACCUCUGCAAACUUGAACGCAUCGAAGACUAGAGGCCUAACCCUAGAACAGGGCACCCUUUACUCCCAAGAAUGCAUUAAUAAAGUCAGACAGAGAGUUGCCAGUAGAGAAGAGAACGAGAAGACAGUAGUUGGAAAGGAGUGUGAAAUUGAGCCGUUAAAAGUAGAGAAGUCGGAGAAGAGAGUCUCUUUCGAGUUAGAAUCGGAACAGUCGGACCUAUCAGAUGACUCAGACCUUGUGGAGGUUUCGGGAACCUGGGAAGAUACGCCAACUCAAGUCAAAAGAGAGAAGAUUAUCGAGUUGAUAGAAGAAGAAGAAGAUUUUGAAAAGUUGAGUAAGAUUGAAUUGGCUGUCGAGCAACUACAGUCGACAGAUAUAGCAGCCGAAAACCAAUCACUACCAGAGACUAAGGAAAUUGCUGAACAGAAGAAGCCAAUACCGCCAGACCCCAACGUCGACUACGUAAGCCCACCCAUCCAAAUCUCAGACGAGGUAGAGCAUCAAGCUCCUACGGCAGCUGUGAUAACCGAUAAUCGGAACUACAUGCAAGUAGUCUUGAGCGGAACAACCUAUCGGGCACUUUUCGAUCCUGGCGCCGUAAUCACCUUAGUAGGCCCCAGAGUAGCCGAGAAAUUUGAAAACCGACUGAUAGCCGCUAAAACUUCUAUUCAGGCGAUUACGGGCGAACUAUCACCCGUAAUGGGAUAUUUACAGAUCAAUAUUGAAUUGGACGGCAUUGAUGCAACCAUUACAGCCCGCGCAGUUAAAGAGAUUGGGCACGACGUGGUAUUCGGUAGAGAUUUCUGUGAAAUCUUUAAAAUAGAUACGGAUCACAGGGGUUGGUGGAGAGCAAACGGUGGAAUAUGGCGAAGAUUUAAUAGCCAAAACCCGUCUGAAAAUGAUAAAGUUUUCGCCGAAUGUACCGGAAUAACAGAAUUAGAUGAAGACGAAAGAAGACAAAUAGAAGAGAUAGUCGACGGAACUCUGCCCGAAUACUCGCCGGAUGUAUUAGGUUUCACUGAUCUCACCGAACAUCACAUCAGCCUAACGUGUGAUACGCCAGUGAGACAGAAAUUCCGCCGGAGAUCACCCAAAAAGAUAGAGUCGAUUCAGAAAGGAGCCAAAGAGUUAGAGAGACUAGGUAUCAUAGAGAGAUCAGCCAGUGAUUUUGUUAGCCAAGUAGUGAUGGUGCCGAAACAAGGCACGGACGAAGAGAGACUGUGUGUAGACUUUACAGACGUGAAUAAAUUUACUAAAAAGGAUGGGUAUCCGUUACCGCAAAUGGACGCAAUUCUUGACAGGCUGAGGUGUGCCAGAUAUCUGAGUAAAAUUGACCUACGUCAAGCCUAUUUCCAAGUCAAGAUGGAGGAAAGUAGUAAGAAAUAUACCGCUUUUGCCGUACCAGGAUAUGGAUUGUGGCAAUUCACUAGGAUGCCGUUUGGCCUGAUUAAUGCCCCCAUGACUCUACAACGCCUAGUGGACACCUUAUUCGGCCCCGAAGAUACUCCUCAAAUUUUUGGUUAUUUAGAUGACAUAGUGAUUGCCACAGACUCUUUUGAAGAGCAUAAAAUAAAAGUUAGAUAUGUACUACAGAAACUGAUUUCAGCCGGACUAACUAUCAACCCCAAGAAAUGCCAAUUUUGUGUGAGUCAGAUCAAAUACCUAGGUUUCGUUCUAGAUAAAGACGGGCUUAGGACUGACCCCGACAAAGUCGCGCCGGUAUUGAAUUGUCCAGCACCGUGUAAUGUCAGAGAAUUAAGAAGAGUAUUGGGAAUGAUAGGUUGGUAUGCCAGAUUUAUUGAAAACAGUUCGGAAACUAAAAUCCCACUAGUUAAACUUCUACGCAAAGACCAAAAAUGGACUUGGGGAGACGAGCAGCAACAGGCGUUCGAAAAACUCAAGAAAGCCUUAACCGUAGCGCCAGUACUCGCCAGACCCGAUUUCAACAAGCCUUUCUGUAUCCAAUGUGACGCCAGCAACGUCGCCAUAGGAGCUGUGUUAACUCAGGAGUUUGACGACGGAGAACACCCGAUUGUGUAUGUCAGCCGAGUCCUAACAGCCGCCGAGAAGAACUACACUACUACAGAGAGAGAGUGUCUAGCUUUAGUAUGGGCCAUAAAGAAGUUACGGCCAUAUGUCGAAGGAUACCAUUUCACAGUGAUCACAGAUCACAGUGCACUACGCUGGCUUCGCUCGUUAAAGGAGCCCAGUGGAAGGCUAGCUAGAUGGGCACUUGAAGUUCAGCAAUGGGACUUCGACAUUAUUCACCGUAGAGGCGCGAACCAUAGAGUGCCAGACGCCUUGUCGAGGAUGCUUGAGCCAGAAUUAGCAGCCGUGGCGGAGAUCUCUGAUCCUUGGUAUCUCCGACGAUUUAAAGAGGUAGAAGAGUUUCCUAAUAAAUUUCCCCAGUGGAGAGUAGAAGAUGGUCGGCUAUACCGAUUUAAGAGAGAUCCGUUGUUGGACCCUAUUACCCAUAGCGACGAAGCCUGGAAAUUAGUCAUACCAGCCGAACAGAGAGAGAAAGUCAUGACUGUUGCCCACGUGGAAGUUACCGCCGGACACAUGGGGAUCGAAAAGACCUACGAUAGAAUAGCGAGAGAAUAUUUUUGGCCGGGAAUGUACCACGACGUCCACUCCUUUAUCACCGCCUGCCCAGUCUGCCAAAGAUACAAAGUGUCGCAACAAGGCCCACAAGGCCUUAUCGGCAAAAGAAUCGUAGAAAAGCCUUGGACCGUGGUAGCCGCCGAUAUGAUGGAAUUCCCAAGAAGUAAAGGCCAGAAUAAAUACUUACUAGUUUUCCAAGACCUGUUUACCCGCUGGGUGGAAGUCAAGCCAUUGCGUAAAGCAGACGGAAAAUCAGUCGCCAGAGCUUUUGAAGAACUAGUGUUAUUUCGCUGGGAGACGCCAGAGUAUUUGUUGACCGAUAACGGAACGGAAUUCUUGAACAAGCACGUUGCCGAGACGUUAAAGGAAUACGGUGUGACACACGUUACUACACCACCAUACCACCCUCAAGCCAAUCCUGUCGAGAGGAGUAAUCGCACCCUCAAAACAAUGAUAGCGAUGUUCGCCGAGAGUCACAGAGAUUGGGAUAAACAUGUCCACGAGCUUCGUCACGCCAUGAAUACCGCCGUACAAUCAACGCUCAAAACAUCCCCAGCCUUUUUGAAUUUUGGCAGGCACCCCUCACCAGUCAAGAGUCUACGUACGGAAAUCGAGGGUCGAGGUCCAAAAUUACAAUUAGAUCCUGCCGUGUGGCAAGAUCGUAUGAAACGACUGGAUGCGUUACGAGAGCUCGUCGCCAAGUUUAUAGAUAAUGCGAGAAAUAAGCAGGGGGAGACAUAUAAUAGAAGGCGUAGAUUGACCAAUUUUGCAGUCGGGGAUAUGGUUUUGAGGAGAACUCACUAUCAGUCGAAAGCCGCUGAGAGUUUCUCUGCCAAGUUAGCACCCAAAUUUGAGGGACCCUUUCGAAUUACAGAGCAGAAAUCCCCUACCGUGUAUAUCUUGGAAGCCGAGGAGGGUAACAGUCGAAAAAUCGCUAAAGCACACGUAUCGGACCUGAAAAGAUACUUACCGCCGCGAAAUCCUAAAACUAACAGCCCUAACACCGAUCCCACGAGCCGGUAGUGAACUGCAGCCCGUGGAAGGACGUACCUGGCGUAUAGACAUUAUAUGUGGUUUGUAUUGGUGGUGGAGUAGAAAACUGUGUUGUCCCUAUGAUGAGUGUGGAAUUCGCAUUUAAUUACAGUAAUGUUACAGAUAAGGAACUCCGUGAUGCCACGCCGAACUCGCUCCAGAAGCCUCCUGACGGAGUCACGACAUGUUGCCGAGGAGGAGUUCGUGCCACCGACGUUUACUGCCGUGCCGCCAGAUUUUGUGCCCCCGCAGUGGUCCACGAGACACGAGCGUAUUCGUGACCCUAACGGCCCGAAGAGCGAGGAGACAAUGCACCGCGAGCUCAGGGUCCGGGACGCUAUUCGUCGCCGAGAGAUGGAAGAGGAAGAGGAGAGAGAGAGAGAGUUGUUAGCCGGAUCGGACGACGAGGCGAGAACAGUCGAGCCGAUGGAGGUGGCCGCCUUCACUCUGGUACCGGCCGAGACCAACACCAAGGUGGGUGGGGGGAGGAACCCGAGCUCCAAAGUCUCGCCUUGGUUUCGCCUGGAGAGCGCCGAGGAACGGGAGAGCAGAGAGGCCGUGGAGGAGUUGCGCCGCGUCGUGGAGAAGGAAACGGGUGUAGACCUCCCUACCCAGGUCGAGCGUACUCUCGACACGAGAGGCCUACCCCAACGGCCCUCACCACGCGCGAUGCUCGCGAGGGCACCACGACCCCAAAAAAAGGACCCCGUGUGCUCUACUCCCGAAGAUACGGUAAGGGAGAGGAAGAGAGGACUCCAGUUGAAGGUGAAGCUGUCAGGCCUCCGGUACAGCGGGCUGAAGCCCAUUCCAACGGACCCUGAACUGGAUCCACCCCCAUACAGUUGUUUCAACUGUUGGGGGAGGGGCCACACAGUCUUCAACUGCCCAGAACCGAGACACGGCAAAAUCUGCCUAAAUUGUGGUAGAUUUGGAGAGGACCUCAACUCGUGCCCGCGCUGUCGGGACCGCCACGCUGAGUAUUUGGCGACGGUAGGCUCUCACAAGGGUGUAACGACCAGGACGUCAAGCCCUAAACCCGGAACGAGUCGAGAUGAGGCACCUCGCCCCACAACACCUCUGUCACCCGAAGGAGUGACAGCCACCUCCCGCACGGCGCCCAUCUCCCGUCACCGCCGAGAGAGGUCCAUCACCUGGGCCACCCCGCUCGCCAAGGAGUCUCCCAAGCCCUCACCGCCUCGUAGUCCCAAAAGCUGCUCGGCUGGGCGUCCGCGAAUUCGGAGGGGGGAUCCUUAUGCGACAACCGAGCCCACUACCACCUCCAGUUCUUCUACCUCGUCCAGGAGUGGAUCACCGCCUAGAGAGGAGUCUCCCACCCGUGGAGUAGCUGAGGCUGUAGCCGAGACGUUACGCCUCAUUGAUGAGGUCCGAGAUCUGCCCCAGGACAUCAGGGACUCGAUCUUGAGGCGAACUUUCUGCCAGCCGAAACCCCGACGAUCCAGGAGUAGGUCCAGGAAGGACUGAGUUCGCUCUCACAGCCAAACUACAGCCAGUUACAGCCAGUAGAGUAGAGGAAGGUCGGAAUCGGCCACAUAGCCGUGCAAUAGCAGCCGGGAGAAGGAGAGAGAGAAUAGCCGACUAACAGCCGAGUUAGCCGCUUACUGUAGAGCGCUCCCACCAGCCGCGCGACUACACGCACACGCUGGAGCUCACGCACGCUCACACCUAAGCCGCUCGAGUCAGAAGAUAAGCCCGCCGCCGGGAGGGGGAAAACCUCGCGCCAGGCCGCGGCAGCAGAUACUAUACUGCUACUUGUAUGUGUGAGGUGUUGAGUGUGUGUAAAAAGAAUAUUCACCUAUGUAACCUAAAGAAUUAUUUAUUUGUAAUGUAUGACAUGAGAGGUGGUAUGAUACAGUGUGAAAACCCAACGAUCGCACGAGAAAACAUAUGUAAAUCGCCAAAUGUAACGGCACUAGACCGAUAACUAUGUAUUGCGUUUGUGUGAGUACUCUAGGGAGGUGUACCGUCGCGCCUCGGCCAGAGAAUUCGCCCACUUGGUUUUUCGUCGCAGCCCAGAGAACAUCCCUACGGUUGACCAGACAUUUGUUUAUUGAGAGUAGAGUAAAAUAUAAGAGUGCGUUAUCCUGUCGAUAUUGUUAUAAGAACGAGGGAGAGGUACGAGAGAGAACUUCAGCCGGAAGGUAGUGUUUAACGGUAAUAUUUAUGAUAUAUAUUGAGUGUGAGAGGAAUAAGCCGGACGUUGCGAAAGUCGGAGCGUUACUGCCUCGUGGCAACAUUUUUGACGAGCCGAGAUUUGUAGUACCGGAUAACUGUGCGAGCGUUGUGUGCGAAAACGGAAAUUGUAGCUAGUAGAAAAUAUCACCUUAGAGCCUCGCGUUUAUUAUAUUACAGCCGGUUUUUUGUAAGUAAAGAUUUGUGAAGUGAUAA